GAAUGAAUGAAUGAAUGUGUGUAUGUUUUUAUUUCUUGGUGAUGACCAAAUGUCCCAACAAGGAAAAGCAUAUAUGAGAGUUUUGGUUACUGAGGUUAAGGUUAGAUUUAGAAGAAGGUCCUUAUAAGGAUAAUAAGACAAACGUGUGCGCGUGCACGCGCAGUAGGUUCUCUGCGUCUCCGCGCCGCGCCUUUUGCACAAAGACUGCUAAUAAACACAGUCAAGUUCAGCGGUGGCGCAUUAAUAACUUUUCCUCGCGGCUCACUGCGACGAUACGGGAUUUGAUUCCGUUUGUUCCUUUUCACUUUUGAAAAUGGAGGACUGGAGGAUUCUUUAUUGCGUGAUCUAAAAAAAAAAAACAACCCGGGUGCUUUUGAAAUUCAUUACACACACACCUUUUUGCUCAUUUAACUCUGAUUAGCGCGAGCGCCGAGGCUGCAUGGAGGCACCGGGGAAUUCAGAGAAAUCUCAACUCAUUAACGAGAGAAAUGCCAGAACAUACUCUCUUAAACUCAAAAGUGAAUUUCCUGGUUCCAAAGAAAGCUACCCAAGUCGGGUGUAUGAGAACGGGGAGGCUACUGGGGCCAUUGAGUUGCAGCGGCCUGUCGGAGCCCACUGCCAUGGAAGCAAAGCUCAGUGGGAGGAGAACCGUGAUACACUUUUGGCUAAAAAGAAGCUGUACAUUGCCUCGAUUAUCUGCCUGGUCUUCAUGAUUGGGGAAGUGAUUGGUGGUUAUCUCGCCCACAGCCUGGCCAUCAUGACGGACGCUGCUCAUCUGCUCACAGACUUUGGCAGCAUGAUGGUUAGCCUUUUCUCCCUGUGGAUUUCCUCUAGACCUCCCACCAAGACCAUGAAUUUUGGCUGGCACAGAUCAGAGAUUUUGGGAGCGCUGAUAUCCAUAAUGUCCAUCUGGAUAGUUACUGGGGUGUUGGUGUACCUUGCUAUUGAGAGAAUUGUAAAAAAUGAUUAUGAAAUUGAUGGCAGAGUGAUGCUGCUUACUUCGGGAUGUGCUGUUGUGGUCAACAUCAUAAUGGCGUACAUCCUCCAUCACUCCACUACCUUUCACGGAAAUGAUUCUGGCUAUCACAAGAUUACUGAAAAUGGGAUAAGUCCUGUGGGCCAUGGCCACUCCCACAGCCUUCUGGGCAGCCACGGAAACACCAGUGUCAGGGCGGCAUUCAUCCAUGUUUUGGGUGACCUUUUACAGAGCUUUGGGGUGAUGGUUGCAGCUAUCGUUAUCUACUUACGGCCUGAAUACAAAAUAGCUGAUCCCAUUUGCACGUUCCUGUUCUCUCUGUUUGUCCUGGGGACAACAGUUACCAUUCUCCGAGAUGUGUUCCGCAUCCUCAUGGAGGGUGCACCCAGAGGAAUUGAAUUUAACUCUGUGAAGGAGGUGCUGCUAUCACUGAAAUCUGUAAAGGCUUUGCACAGUCUGCGUUUGUGGGCUCUAACUGUUGGACAGACCUUGGUUUCUGUCCAUGUGGCCAUUGAGGAAAAUGCAGAUCCUCAGAAUGUCCUAAAGGAAGCUACAGAGCUCCUGCAGACCAAGUUUGGCUUCUACAGCACCACCAUCCAGGUCGAGCCCUACAGUGAGGACAUGGCCUACUGCACCAUGUGCCAGGAUCCCAUGGACUAACCAAGACAAUCCGGUGAGGAAAACUGUCCUGCGGAAGUGGCCUGUCUAAAACAUGUGUACAUUGUUUUUGACUUUGUUGAGGCUCCAUAUCCAGAAAUGCUGCUGGUGCAUUAGCAGGCCCUUUUUUUUCUUUCUUUUUUUUUUUUUUUUUUACAUCAGUAUUCUUUAUUAUACAUAGAUGCAGAGAUCCUCUCAUGUUUCCUCUGUUUUACUGACGUUUUCCUAAAAACAUAAGCUUAGUCGGCUUCCCAUAAGCUGUGCACAAUGUCAAUAUUCUGGAGUACUGAAUAGAAAUAUGCAUUGUCUAUUACCAAAUAGAGGCAAUAAACGGCUUUCUUGCCCUCUACUGACCACCACAAGGCCUAGAGUAAUGUUUGAUACUUUACAUUGUUGGACCAUGUUGUAAAUAAGAAGCAGUAUGACACUUGAAGUUGUUUUCUUUGCUCACUUCCAAACAGAGAUUGGACACAAUGGCCCCUAAUAAUCAAAGUUGUAUAAGGUCAAAUGUGAUUGGAAAACCACAGCACACAGUGACAGUUUCUGUGUUGAUCGAUUUCAUGUUCAGCAGAUCUAAUUUAUAUGAUCAAACUCGCAUCUCGUUGGAAUGCUUUUCAAUCUCAUGCUUGAUUUUGAAUGUAAAUUACUGAAAUCAAUAUAAUCGAUAAUUACAGCAAGGAAGUAAGUAACAACUGAAUAACAAAUAACAUUUAACACCCGCACACAUGGAAGCCUCAUUAAAAUAGUUCCAUGGGCAGGCAGUUUGUAAAUGUUAAUUGCAGGGCACAGAUAUAGCUCAUUGCUCCAUCAAAUGAGUAACAGAUGUCUUUACAUACAAUAGGCACCAUGGAGCUGCACAGGGAUGAGGACCACACGCUCAAGCUAUUCAGAGAUGCUUGGAUAUCAUUGCACUUUUUUCUGCCUUUUGAUUGAUUUUUUCUUUUAGGAUUAUUUGAAGGAUUUGUUUAUUUUAGUCAUGUUCCAUCUGGGUUUUUUUUUUUUUUUGCACCUCCUCAUUCAGAACUGUGAUUAUGUAUAUGUGAUUUUAAAAAUUUUGUUUUUUUUUGUUUUUGUCCAGCAUCUCAGAGCUCCACCAACAUUUUGCAUAUCAAUAUUUAUGGAUAAAGCUUUAAAUAAGUCCAACAACAAACAGAGAAAAUUUCUAUAUAGGAUUGCAACAGUCAGAUCUCUUGAACCAUCCUUUCCUGUGUUUCAAGUUUUCAUUUUGUAUGUACCUUCAUGCAAUCUCCCCCCCACCCCCCCAUAUUUGUUUGCAGCAAACUAGGACAUAAACACCUCUAACUCAGCUUCACUGAAAUGAUUUUUUUGCCCUCUCUAUUUAUUUAAUUCCCCCAAUUUUUUUGAUUUAUGAAAUAUAGCUUGUUUGAAUCAUUUUUCAUUUGAUCCACUGUAGUAAUGCCUGUAUAAUUCAGUGUGGUUGUUGUAAAUUGAUACGAGGGUAAAUAUGGGUGUGUUAUGCUUAUGACCAGCAUAAGCGACUCGUGGGCAGGAGAUUCGUUUCACACCACUGAAGCCGAUUCAUGACUUGUGCUCAAAUCACAGUUUGAUUAUUUUGUGAAUAAGACUCUGAUUCGUUCAUUCAUCAUUCUGUGCACUCAAAUCCGUAGUUCUUUCUGGGCAGCUUUAUUAAAUAUUUCAUUUUUGUGUAUGUUUCUAGAUUUUUAGUGUUUUGUUUUGACAGCGUGAAACACUUCAAAACAAUUCUAGCAACUCUAAGCACUCAGGCAGGAAAAUUAGCGAGUGAAAGAUGGGUAUGGAUGUGAUUUCUGUGAGGUUUCAGUGUGACUGCCUGGAGACAGUAAACCAUUCUACCUACAAUAUGGAGAGAGAGAAAUCAAUUAAGGUAGAGAGAAAUUCAAGGUCAAAUUCAAACUGGAGUGUCACUAGUCUGAUUUUACUUUCCCAGCUUGCUGAGUUGCAGUACACAACAGGGAAGUUGAGUAAUUUGGAUGUGGCUGGUGCUUAAGCAUUAGCAGACUAUUACUACUGAUCAAAUGAACUGUUACCAUAUGACAAGGAGAGAUCUAUACUCUAUACCAAGUACAUAUGAUUUUUGUGACUGGUUCGAGUGCCAUAUAGUACACUGCCAUAAAAUUCAACAGAUGUGACUGCCACAUUCCAAUGAGUAGCUCAGUGCUGCCAUUAUUCUAUUAAAGGGACAAAAUGCUAAUGUAGUUACUAAUAUUCAAUAGCAACAUUAGCAUUUUUGCAUCAUUAAAAGGGCAUGGCAAACACCUUAUAUGAAUAGAAAGUGUAUCAAAUUAACCAUGCA